AUGUGCAUUCUUUUCCCAUUUCCGCUGGCCUUUCUACGCAUCCUUGUGCUAAAUUCCUGGUGUUCUUCGAUUUCUGUUCAUCAUCCAGCAAGGUCUCGGUUUUCCAACCAGGCUAAAGACAAUAAAUACUGCAGUGUGACUGAAACUGAAUCAGUAAUUUUCUUGACACCAUUAUGGAUGAGACAAAAAAUAGUGAUGAUUUUACCUUUUGGCAGGUUGGUGAUGAGAAGAAAAAUGAACCAAAAGGAGAAAGUUGGAUCCUUGACUUUUAAGGUUAUUGAUGCAUCUUCACAAAGAAAGUCAAAGGAACCUUCCAAACAAACAGCAGGGGUAGAUGUGGAAAGUUCAAAUAAUGCAUCACAAAAACCAAAAAGUGUUGGAAAGAAGCCAGUUUCAAGGGCAAAAGUUCCUUAUCAAAUUGGGUAUAGUCAUAUGGAUUGGCUCAAGGUUACUAGAACACAUCCUGAUUUAGCAGGUAAUUCAAUUGUUUGA